CCUGCCUGUCAGCAGCGGUCACAGACAGUUAACCUCAAGAUCUGUAACUCAUCUGAGUCAAUCGAGCUUCACAAACUAUGUCAACCAGUGUCUGUCUAAACAGCUUACUACUAAAGCUACACAAAGACUAGCCUAACUUAUUACAACAUUCCACAACACUGUUCUUCGAGACGUUCAAACAGUAAAGUUAGCUACUUCAGCAGGAGCCACCUGCGGUAGCAUGUCUCUGCAACCACUGACUGCAGUGAACUGUGGCAGCCUCCUGCAGCCUGGCUGCUCCCUGUUACAGCUGGACGGUGACAUAUUUCUGUUCGGCCAGAAAGGCUGGCCCAAGCGCUCCUGUCCUACUGGGGUUUUCGGGGUACGCCUAAAGCAUGGGGAGCUCAAACUGCGACCCAUCUCCUUCUCCAAUGACUCCUGCUACCUUCCCCCUCUGCGUUGUCCCGCCGUGACCCGCCUUGAGCCCCAUGAUGGACACCCAGAGGGCUACCUCAUCCAUGGAGGCCGAACCCCAAACAACGAGAUCUCCUCCAGCCUCUACCUGCUGACCCUGGACAGCCGUGGCUGCAACCGCAAAGUGACCCUGCGAUGUCAGGAGAGAGAGUUGGUGGGAGAGCAGCCAGGGCCCCGAUACGGCCACACCCUCAGCAUGGUGCAGAGUCUGGGCAAGAGGGCCUGCGUUGUGUUUGGGGGCAGAUCCUACAUGCCGGCCGGGGAGCGGAGCACAGAGAACUGGAACAGCGUUGUGGACUGCCCUCCUCAGGUGUUCAUCAUCGACUUAGAGUUUGGCUGCUGCUCCGCCCACACCUUACCUGAGCUCACUGACGGCCAGUCCUUCCACCUAGCUUUGGCCAGAGACGACUGUGUCUACUUCCUUGGUGGCCACACUCUGUCGUCUGACUCCCGUCCUCCUCGUGUGUUCUGCCUGCGUGUGGACCUCCUGCAGGGCAGCCCUCUACUCUCCUGUGAGCACCGGGACACCGGCCUGUCCAUCACCAGUGCUAUUGCCACCCGUGUGGGGCCCUCCCAUGAGUACAUUGUCCUGGGUGGGUAUCAGUCAGAGACCCAAAAGAGGAUGGAGUGCAGCAGUGUGGUGCUGGAUGACUCUGGGAUCAGCAUCGAGCCCAGAGAGGCCCCUCAGUGGACAGGGGAAAUCAGCCACAGCCACACCUGGUUCGGAGGCAGCUUGGGUGGAGGGAGCGCUCUGAUCGGGGUCCCCUCUGAGGGCAGGCCAGCCCCGCCCGAAGCACAUUACUUCUACCAGGUGUGCUUCCAAAAGGAGGAGGGAGGAGAGGGUGAAGACGGGAAUCAGGGCUGCAGCCAGGAGUCCACAGACUUCGAGGACUCCGCCCCUCUGGAGGACUCUGAGGAGCUGUACUUCGGCCGCGAGCCCCAUGAGCUGGAGGACAGCAGCGAGGGAGAGGGGGAUACGUACAAUGAAGAGGAUGAGGAGGACGAGUCCCAGACAGGCUAUUGGGUCAAAUGUUGCCUGGGCUGCCAGGUGGACCCCAACACUUGGGAGCCCUACUACUCCACAGAGCUGCUGCGGCCAGCCAUGAUCUACUGCUCCAAAGGGGAGGGAGGCCACUGGGUCCAUGCCCAGUGUAUGGAGCUGACUGAGGGCCUGCUGGUGAGGCUCUCGCAGGGAAACGGCAAGUACUUCUGCCUGGACCACGGGGGCCUGCCCCGCCAGGAGAUGACCCCGCCACGCCAGGUGCUGCCCCUGAAGAGGAGCCCCAUGAAACCCCAGCACAGGAAGGGCCCAAUGAUGCCGAAGAUGACACCCGCCAAGAAGCGCUUCUUCAGGAGGCUGUUUGAGUGAUGUCUGACCAUGCAGUAUAGUUAUACUUACUCAUUGAUCAACUGGUUCAUAAUAUGUCAUUCUAAUUAUGUGGCCUAAAUGCCAUAUCAUUGUUUACUGUGCCAUUGCAGCAAUUUACUGUUCUCAAACUUUUGAAUAAGUAAACUCAGAACUAUUUUUUGUGCUUGUUUUUUGAAUCCUUACAGUGCUCAAUAUUUUAUGUAAUAAACUAAACUAAACUUUUGCAAGAAAAAUGUAUGAAACCAAAUUGAAUAAAAAUGGAAAUUAAAGC